ACGUGAUUCCAUGCCGCGAACGCUUGCGCUCAGAAAGACGCGAUGCGAUCCAACGCUCCCCAAGUGUCUGCCAUGCGAACGAGCGGGCGCCAUCUGCGAAUACCUCGAUACUACAAAGGGCAAACGGAUCAGCCGCAACUAUGUCAUCCUGCUGCAGGACAAGGUCCGCACGCUCGAGGCCGAAAUGGCCCAAUACGUAGACGAGGAGGGCGACGAUCCCCACAACAGCGAGGACAUGGUUCGACCGGGUGGUAUGGUUCGACUCGGUGCAGCAGAUGAGACCCCUCGCUACCUGGGCCCGAGCAGCGGCAUCGCGAUGACAAGACUCCUCAUGGAAGAGGCCAAGCGCUUCACCCAAUCCAACCGAGUCGCCGACCUCAUACCGGACCUCAAAGCACGGCGGCAGCAUCGCAUGCAGUCAAUACAAAUGUCCAACCAGCACAGCUACCCCACCAUCAGCGAGAGUCCAGCCGCACGUUUACCUGACAUUGACACGACGAGAUCGAUAGUAGAGAUCUUCAAGCAGAAAGGUCAGGUAUUUUGGCCUGUACUCCACGAAGUGCAGUUCGAGGCCGAUCUGCAGACCGUCUACGAUGGGAAGGGCGAUAUCUUCCAAAAGUUCGUGGUGCACAUGGUCUUGGCCAUUGGUCUGCAGCGCAUGUCGAUUACCUACGCUGGACUGGCUGAUGCCUUCUUCCAAUCGGCAAUGAAGGAUUUCGAGGUCAUACUCAGACCCAAGGACCUCAAGACACUGCAAUGCCUCGUCUUGAUCGGACAAUACUCCUUGAUCACCCCGACCCGCGUACCCAUCUACUACGUCAUUGGACUCGCGGCCAAGAUAUGCCAGCAAGAAGGCCUGGUGGACGAGAAGACGAUCACGACCGGGUACAACCUGGACCCGCUCACGAUUGACAUCCGACGACGCUUGGUCUGGACGGUGGCGUCCUUGGAGUUGGGCCUGGCACACAGUCUGGGUCGGCCCAGCAGCUUCGCAACCGGUGACGAGCAAUUGGACGUUGGCUUCUUCGCGACGGUCGACGAUGAGCACAUUACCGAACGUGGUAUCGCGGCAGGACCACCGAGUCCCCGCAAAGUAGUUGCCAUUCACGCCAUCAAGAUGAGGUUGCUUCAGGCCGAUAUUCGAAGAACACUGUACGAACGGAAGAAGGACGAGCCCCAGAAUGACUCGAGCCCGUGGUUUCAGCAGAUGGAGCAGAAAAUCAUGGCGUGGCGUGAUAAUUGCCCAGAGACUUCCCCAUGGUGCCAGUCAUGGUUCACAAGUCGCUAUCACCAGAUGCGGAUAUCCAUGUAUCGCCCCUCACCACAGGUAUCGAAACCGUCAGCCCAAGCUGCCAAGAUCUGCUACGACAGCGCCAAGUUCAUUAUCGAGCUGUCAAAGCUCCAGCUGGACGACGGCUCCAUCGGUAUGACCUGGGUCUUCCUGCUCACUCUCAACAUGUCCCUGAACACCAUGCUCUGGAGCCUGUCGUAUCCAGAUGUGCGGCAGGCGUACUCCAAGGAGGACACGGAGGCUCUGGUGGCAAAAGCUCUCGAUGUGCUCGACGGUUGCGAGGCGCGCUGGCCCGGCACCAGCAACUCCUCGGAACUGUACUCCAUAUUCUCCAAGGCCUGUUUGCAGAGCUACGAGACCCAGGGUUACCACCCAAACUCCAUCUUGACCACACCCCCUGCUGCGUCCGAUACGAGCGCGUCUCCAGAAUCAUCAGCCUGGCCACCUGGGCAGCAACCACCGACGUUCAACCCGCCCCAGUUUGGACAAGUCUUCGACUCACCACCAGAGGCCAUGAACAACUACGUGAUGGACCCCAACUUCCCACCACCUCAGCCAAGCUUCAGGUCCAAUUCCAUCUUUCAGAACCCGGCGACCCAUGACACGCAUGGACGACGCUUCUCCUACUUCCCUCCAGACUUCACGCAGCUCGACGACUUUGCUGCUGCCCCCGAGGACCCUCGGGCUGGGGGUCAAGCCACCGACAGACACUUUGCGUCCCCGCCCAAUCUCACGUCUCAACUGUCCGCGUCCUCCGACAGCGCAGAUGCCUUCUCCAGCGCGGCUUCCAACUCGACCAUAUCCCCACAGGUCACCCAAGUCCAGCCUGCCCUAUCCAUGAACAUGCAGGCGACCGUCUCGCCUUCUCCCAAGAUCAACCCAGCGCAACCCCAGGUCUCGCAGCGGAUGCCCCCCUACGUCAACCAGCAGCAGCAGCAUCAGCCCGCACGCCAAACCCAAGGUAUGGCGCAGCAGCGGCCCCUACCUCAGGGUCCGCCCGUGGUCACCACCACAGCCUCCGACUGGUUCGGGCCCUCGGCCGCCGCCUUCAUCGCACCGUACAACUUUGGUGGCAUGGGCACUGGCUUCUACAACGACCUGUCCUCGGGCAUGGACACCUUUGGCGAGUUCACUAACAGCGGCUUGGGCCUGCAGGGCGGCGGACCCAAUGGCGCGCCGCAGUUCGAUCGCCCCGGACGCCAGGGGAGCCUGACCCAGUCUCAGCAGAUUGAGCUGAUGAACGUGCUCGAGACGGAGGGCGUGGGCGACAUUGAUGCGUUUUUGCGGGCCGGGAACAUGCAGCAGCAGUCGCAGCCGCAGCCGCAGCUGCGAUCGGAUGGGACGUGGUAUUGAAGGGCCAUCUACAUCGCCAUGUACAUCUAUCUAUUUGCGUCGGAGUUCUGGGAGGGAACAUCUAUACAUCAUUUGGGUCUGGGCGCUUUGUACGUUAGAUACCACUUUGAGCGGGCACAUUUUCUUGGGGGCAA